ACUGCUUCCAGAAGGGAACUCAAAAUACCAUGUAGACCAUUCUUCCAGUCAAAUUCCAUAAUAGGAAACUGUGAUGCUAUUUUCUGGAUAUCUGAUUCCUGGCAAAAGACCUUUAGUCCUUUAAGUGUUUUAUAGUUUAAAGGUAGCUUUUGUGAACAUGUGUUAAAUAAAUGCAGCAGCAUAUUUUGUGACUUUUAAGUGUCUUUAGAUUUUUAGGCUUAGGGCAUUAAAACUAUGGGUUGUAAAUUUUAUUGCUCUCAGAGAAAUUCUGUAGUUCAUUACUACCUACCCCCCAAAUAAAUUAUCUUUACUCCAGAAGUUUCUUAAUAUUAGUGCAUUAUGUUCAAUUCUAUAUAAAUUAGGGGAAAAUAGUUUUUAAAUUUAAUUUUAAAUUGUUGCCAAAGGUGUAACCAAAUUUAGAAAUCAUCUGUAACUUCUGGUAGGAGCUUAUCCAGGUUUUUUAAAACACUUCUAGGGUCAGGAAAUCACUGCUUCAAGAAACGGAGUUUCCUUUAUUGAUCACUUCUAAAUUGUUAUUUUUUUUUCCCUUUAUAAGAAGUCAAAUCAAUCUCUCUAACUUCCAUCUGUUGAGUCUACUAUCUGUCCCACAGACCAAUUAUUUUAUAACACAGCUGCCAAAUAUUUAGGAGGAAAUUCUCAUGUUCCCCUUAAUCUUCUCAUCUGACUCAAAUAUCUAGCUUUUCCCCAAAUGUUCUUUAUGUCACAUAUUCUCCAGAUCCUUCCCUAACCUCAUUUCAUGUUCAGUUGUAAUUAGUUGUCCUCUUAAGAUGUGAUACCCAGAAUUGCUCACACUUUGAUCAGUGAAAAAAGCACAGAUGAGACUAGAAAGAAUGUAAUCUCUGGAAACAAAGUUCAUCUAGUCCAAUAGUUGUCCUCUCUCCUUCAAUUAACAGCAAAGUUAAGUGACAUUCCUAAGGAUUCAUAGCUCAUUAGCAGUAGAGAUGGACUACUUGUAUUGCUUUUUUCAUCACAAUACUCUUCCUUUCUAGAUUUCACUAUGCUAUUGAUACAACCUAAAAUAUCUUGGGGAUGGAGUGAAAUGGGUAUGGGAAUGUAGUGCUAAAACUGUUUCAUACCUGACUCUAUAAUCUACUCUGAAAUUAUGAGUUACUGUUAGUUCAGUUUUCCUGCAGCUUGUAUUCAAUUAAAUUUUGGAUGCCAAAUCUAGAGUGUAAAACAUCAUAUGUAUCCCUUUAUUUUGAUUUUAUUAUUAUUAUUUUUUAUUUAUUUAUUUUUGCAGUUCUGGGACUUGAAUCCAGGGCCUUCCCUGCUAGCUAGGCAAACUCUGUACCAUUGACCUUAUAUCCCCAGCCCAUAUGUAUGCCUUAUAAUUUUUAGUUUAUAUUUGUUUAAUCCCCUAUGUAUGUGAUUGCUAUCUAAUGAGUUUUGCCUUCAUGUAUGUGGUUCCCUCUGUCUAUAACUUCCUAGUUCUCAUGACUGCUCAUUCUUUUAAGACUCACCUGAGGGUCAGAUUGAAGAAGUUUUUUUCUACCUCUGUUCCUCCUCUGUUCCAUCCACCAGUCUUGUGUAGAUAUAUCUUCUGUUUCUCUCUUGAUGACCACUACAAACCUACAAAUUUAUUAAUUUAUUAACAUGUAUUUAUUUGUAUUUGUGCCUUCUAGUAGAAUAGAUUUGAUAUCUUAGUCUUCAUUUCUGAUCCCCAGUUUAUAAACUGAUUCAGAUUGUUGGGGUGUAUCAUCCUAACGCAUAGAAUGAAGCAGUCACUUAUUGUCACAAAUGCUUCAUGACAAAUUGCCCAUUCAGGAACUAACAAUAAAAGCAUGUAUACUAAUACUUGUAGUACUGCAGAUCAACUGCAGUUUGUAUGAUAUAUGUUGGGAUCAGCUGGGCUGGACUUAACUAUAGCCUGCAGAUUGAUUUAGAUCUUCCCACCUUGGUUUUUUUUUGGGAUCAGGCCAAAGGAGUGUCAGCUGCCUGAAGCAUGCCUUUCUCCUGGAAGUUACUUUCUAACUUUUAGAGAAUAUUAGAACUAUUUAAGGAUUCUCCAAAGUGAAGCUAUAUGUCUUACAUGCAUUCUCUUUAUAGAACAUACCCUUCCCUUUAUUGUGCUUCCCCUAAAUACCAGCAUAGGUUCUGUGGGUGCAAUAAGAAAGGAACCUCAGAAUCCUUUUUUUAUAAAUGUUAUAGUAUCACAUUCUUUGGGACUUUGUUUCUAGGCAGCUGUUGUGCUGUGUAUGGAUGUGGGCUUUGCUAUGAGUAACUCCUGUCCUGGUGAAGAAUCUCCUUUUGAACAAGCAAAGAAAGUGAUGACCAUGUUUGUCCAACGACAGAUGGUACUGAGAAUGCCCUUGCUGCUGGGGACCAGUAUCAGAACAUCACAGUGCACAGACACCUGAUGCUACCAGAUUUUGAUUUGCUAGAGGACAUUGAAAGCCGAAUCCAACCAGGUUCUCAACAAGCUGACUUCCUGGAUGCCCUGAUUGUGUGCAUGGAUGUGAUUCAGAGUGAAACUGUAGGAAAGAAGUUUGAGAAGAAGCAUAUUGAAGUGUUCACUGACCUCAGCAGCCCAUUCAGCAAAGAUCAGCUAGAUAUUAUAAUUCAUAACUUGAAGAAAUCUGGCAUCUCCCUCCAGUUCUUUUUGCCCUUCCCAAUUGCCAAGAUAAAUGGUACUGGGGACAGAGGAGAUGGCAGCUUGUACUUAGAUGAUCGUGGACCCUCCUUUCCUCAAAAAGGUAUUACUGAGCAGCAAAAAGAAGGCAUUCAGAUGGUGAAAAAUGUGAUGAUGUCUUUAGAAGGUGAAGAUGGGCUGGAUGAAAUUUAUUCCUUCCGUGAGAGUCUGAGACAACUAUGUGUCUUUAAGAAAAUUGAGAGGCGUUCCAUGCCCUGGUCCUGCCAGCUGACCAUUGGCUCCAAUUUGUCUAUAAAGAUUGUGGCCUAUAAAUCGAUUACUUUGGAGCAAAUUAAAAAGACUUGGAUGGUUGUGGAUGCAAGAACCCUAAAGAAAGAAGAUAUACAAAAAGAAACAGUUUAUUGCUUAAAUGAUGAUGAUGAAACUGAAGUUCCCAAAGAAGAUACUAUUCAAGGGUUCCGCUAUGGAAGCGAUAUAGUUCCUUUCUCUAAAGUGGAUGAGGAACAAAUGAAAUACAAAUCGGAGGGGAAGUGCUUCUCUGUUUUGGGAUUUUGUAGAUCUUCUCAGGUCCAGAGAAAAUUCUUUAUGGGAAGUCAAGUUCUAAAGGUCUUUGCAGCAAAAGGUGAUAAGGCAGCAGCAGUUGCACUUUCCUCCUUGGUUCAUGCCUUGGAUGAAUUAGACAUGGUGGCUGUAGUUCGAUACGUUUAUGACAGAAGAGCUAAUCCUCAAGUUGGUGUGGCUUUUCCUUAUAUCAAGGAUGCCUAUGAGUGUUUAGUGUAUGUGCAGCUGCCUUUCAUGGAAGACUUGCGGCAAUAUAUGUUUUCAUCCCUGAAAAAUAAUAAGAAAUUUACUCCCACAGAGGCACAGUUGAGUGCUGUUGAUGCUUUAAUCGACUCUAUGAGCUUGGUAAAGGAAGACAAGGAGGAAGACACCAUUGAAGACUUGUUUCCAACCACCAAGAUCCCAAAUCCUGCAUUUCAGAGAUUAUUUCAGUGUCUGCUGCACAGAGCUUUACAUCCUCAAGAGCCUCUGCCCCCAAUUCAGCAACAUAUUUUGAAUAUGCUAGAGCCCCCCACUGAAGUGACAGCAAAAUGUCAGAUUCCUCUCUCUAAAAUAAAGAACCUUUUCCCUCUGACUGAAGCCAUCAAGAAAAAGGAUCAAGUAACUGCUCAGGACAUUUUCCAAGACAACCAUGAAGAGGGUCCCACUGCUAAAAAAUGUAAGACUGAGGAAGGGGAAGCCCACUUCAGUGUUUCUGGCCUGGCUGAAGUCAGUAUCACAAAGGUUGGAAGUGUGAAUCCUGUUGAAAACUUCCGUGCUCUAGUGAGACAGAAGAAUGCCAGCUUUGAGGAAGCAUGUCAUCAGCUAAUAACUCACAUUGAACAGUUUUUGGAUACUAACGAAACACCAUAUUUUAUGAAGAGCAUGGACUGCAUCAAAGCCUUCCGGGAAGAAGCCAUUCAGUUUUCAGAAGAACAGCACUUCAACAGUUUCAUGAAAUCCCUUCGAGAGAAAGUGGAAGUUAAACAGUUAAAUCAUUUCUGGGACAUUGUUGUUCAGGAUGGAAUCACUCUGAUCACCAAAGAUGAAGCCUCUGGAAGUUCUGUCACAGCUGAGGAAGCCAAAAAGUUUCUGGCCCCCAAAGAAAAACCACAUGAAGACAAAGCAGCCAUGUUUGAAGAAGGUGGUGAUGUAGACGAUUUGCUGGACAUGAUGUAGGUCAUGGAUGUUUGGGGAAUCUAAGAGAGCUGCCAUCUUCAUAGUGCUGGAGACUCUAAACACAACAACCUGGAAGCCAUUCAGGGGAACCUGAAGCUGUGGAGAUCAUUUCAACAGGUUACUUGGAAGUGAAUUCCCCUCCAUCUCUAUGGCGUGAACACAUGCAUACAUGUUGUAAGAGAUAAUUCAGACCUUAUGCAAAGUUUAUAAAGAGGCAUUCUUACUUUUUGUUUGGCA